UAGGUCAAACAGGGUUCAGGCAGGACGGAGCCUCAGGAACACUUACGGGGUGAGGGGCUCUCCAUCCGGUCCACCCCACCUCCUCUGUCUUACAAUACGCACAGUUGCCAUGAGGGAGUGGGAGCCAUACCCAGCCUCAGGUCUUUGGACACAGUCCUCAAGGCCAUAAAACUAUUAAUCCUCCCUUCCCCCACCUCCACACACACACAUUCCUUUUCCUCACUAUUUACAGAUGCUUCGAUGUCUCACUCGUGCCCACUGGAGCCCCUCUCAGGGACGCUGUGCAGAUGCCAGGAGGGUGUGCAUCCCCAGAUGGGGCACGUAUCAGUAGCCGGCAGAAGUCCAGGAGGGCCCAUACCUGAGCACGUCGUCCAUUAAGGCUGCGUUCCUAGCCUCGAUUGGCACAGCCCCUGCGGUCUGAUAAAUAAUAAUCACUACAAUAAUAGGGGCUGCGAGUGCUAAAGGAACCCUGGCAACGCCGCCCUGAGUCAAAUAAUCACCAUAGUAGUGGCUGGCAUGCGUUGCGAGCUCUCCGCACUGGUGUCAGUCCGCCAGUCAUCGUUAUAAGCCGUCGUCUCUCUUUCAUAAGUUAACGAAAAGUGAACCCAGAGUGCGUAAGUAAAUUGUCCCAAAUCCCAGAGCUAGCGAGUGGGGAGCCAGAGCUGGAAACCGGGUGGUCUGGCUGCAGAAUCCGUGCUCUCCAACUCCUCCUUAUUUUGUCCCCCUGAGCUGGUGAAUGAGUAAACUUGAGCGCCGCACCGCACGCCCAAGUGGUUAGGCAGGUAGCUCUGGCCAGGGGCAGGGGGCGGAGACUCGCCCGCCCUGGGAUCCGAGAAGGCCCCCUGGAGCACGGGUAAGGGCUGGGCCUGGAGGCCGCAGCCUCAGCCAGCGGAGGAUCUGCGGAAGGUAGAGGCACCUUCUCAGAUGGGCACGUCCCGCGCCAAGGCUGCCAGGUGUGAAGGUCAGGUGCGCGGGCCGAGAGGCAGCUCUGCCCUUGGAAGCCGGUGGCCCUCGUAGCCCACCCUACCGCAGCCGCAGGGGGGCCCGGGCGCCCCGCCGGGGCCUGAGCCUUGCGUUUUCCGGGAGCUCAGGCUGCGCUGGCGCCCUUCCCUGGAUGAGCUGCAGCCUCUGGGCGCUGGGUCCUUGCCCCCGCCGUCUGUCGCUGCAGGGCCGGACACGACGUGGGACCGCCCCCUGCGCUUGCCCGACGGCCCUGCGCCAGGCUUUAAAAGCCUGCCCCGGGAGGGCUGUAGGCGCGGACAGACGCGGAGACCUGCGAAAACAAACAACGGCCCGCGCCCCGACUGCUGACCGGAGCAGCCCCAUGACGGAGCAGGUGGCCCUGGUGAUUGGGGGCAUCAUUGCGGGGCUGCUGUUGUUGAUCGGGGUGAGCUGCUGUCUCUGGAAGAGGAUUUGUGCUGUGUUCGCCUAUAAGGAGCUGCCGGGGACCACAGCUGCCUCCAGCGGACAGGGGUGCAAACUCUACACACCAUGUGCCAGGACCCAGUCAAGCAGGCCGAGUGUGCCAUUUGUGGUGCCCCCUUCCUACCAAGACCAAGACUGGGUGCCUAUGAACAGCAGAGAGUGGGCUCAGGCCCCACAGGAUGCCUGCCCAGCCCCAGAGCUCCCACCCUACACCCCCAGUGGCAGCCUUGGAGAUGCAUGCAUAGUGGGGACCAUCAACCCAGAGCUGUACAAGUUCCUGGAGGACAACAGUGAGACCGACUUCCCUGAGGGCUGCCUGGGGCGGCUGUGGUUCUCAGUGGAAUACCAGCAGGAGGCCGAGCGGCUGUUGGUAGACUUGAUCAAGGCUCAGAGGCUGCAAGCCCCCUCAGAGACCUGCAGCCCCCUGGUGAAGCUCCACCUGCUGCCCGAUGAAAGGCGCUUCCUCCAGUCCAGGAUCAAACGCAAAACUGCCAACCCACAGUUUGAUGAACACUUCAUCUUCCAGGUAUCCAGCAAGAGCAUCACUCAGAGGGUGCUGAGGUUCUCCGUGUAUCACGUGGACAGGCAGAGGAAGCACCAGCUCCUGGGCCAGGUGUUUUUCCCCCUGAAGGACGAAACCCUAGAGGGUGACUGCCGGCGCAUCAUCUGGAGAGACCUGGAGGCUGAGAGCUUGGAGCCUCCAUCAGAGUUUGGUGACCUCCAGUUCUGCCUCAGCUACAACGACUGCCUGCACCGCCUGACCGUGGUCGUGCUGCGCGCUAAGGGCCUCCGGCUCCAGGAGGACCUGAGUUUUGUCACCCGCAGUUUGUACUGCUUCACCACAGGUGUGUCUGUCAGAGUGUCUCUGAUGAACCACAACAAGUUUGUCAAGUGCAAGAAGACUUCCGCUGUGCUGGGCUCCGCCAACCCUGUCUACAGUGAGACCUUCAGCUUCCAGGCUUGCCCCACAGAGCUGGACACUGCCAGUCUCAGCCUCACCGUGCUGCAGAGUGCCGAAGGGGACAAGAGCCACCAGCUGGGCAGGGUGGUGGUGGGCCCCUACAUGUAUGCCCGAGGCAAGCAGCUGGCACACUGGAACGAGAUGCUCAACAAGCCCAAGGAGUUGGUGAAGCGCUGGCAUGCGCUCUGCCGCACCACCGAGCCCUGACUCGCCGGGCCCUCGGGCCUGUUCAGCAGCCCUCUCUCCCCACAGCCAUGUGUGACGCUUCAUCCAGCAUCUCACUGGGCUGCCAGGCCAGCCGGAGCCAAGGGAAUGUGGGUGCUGAUGUGCAGAAGGGAAGGGGGGCAAGAACGCCCCCACCUGGGACAGCAGUGUGGCCAGUUGCUGGUCACUAUUCGCCCACCAGAGAGACCCUCCUGACUCAUUCUGUCCUCCUUCACCCAUGGGGCAGCCUGGACUUAGAAUCUGGGCCCUUGGCCGUCAUGGCCUGGAGUAAACGUGGUCACCACCUGGACUGGAAUCUCAGGCACUGGGGGGUUUUCCAUUUGGUGACAGCACAGCUACGCAUGCUGAAUGGAAGUUCCCGGUACACUUGGUUCCGCCAUCUCGGAAUGCCAAUGUGUUGAUGCAAACCCUCUGCUGUUUUUCAGCUGUAGUUUCUCUGUGUUCUGCCUAAUGGAGAAAAUAAACUGCUCUUGGGGAAAUAGUAGGGAGCAGGGGAUGUCCAAGCCCUUAUGUAAGUUGGUUCACAAUACACAGCUCAAUCUGAGAGUUGGGUUCCCAUGUAGGUUGGAGCAGUCACAGAAUGCCCCCAGUUCAGGGAUCACAACUUCUGGUGUCAGGAUCUGUGGGAGAAUACUGUGAGAAGCCCGCCCAGAUACCAGGUGGUGGCCAGGUCCUUGGUGUCCCCACCCUGGGCCUGCUGAGGAGGACCUCACCACACUGCUCCCUCCCCCUGGGGCUGUGUCCCAUCCUGGCCCACAUCAUGGCAAGUCCUGCCCAUUGCUCACUCCACAAGAGUCCAAAACCCCACACCCCUGGUCUUACAGGUGUUCAGCGCUGGUUUCUGUGUCUUGGUUAACAGUGUUCAGAUCCUGGAGCUCUCGCUUUGGGCAGGAAAUGAAAGUAUGUGGCUGAGCAUAGCCCAUAGGGCUGAAAGCUUUUCCUAUAAACCUAGCCAUUUCAUCAUAAGUAUUGUGAGUUAGGUGUCUAUAAAAUUCAUUAAGAUGGAGUUUCCACAAACCACUGUCCUCAACUCCCAGUAAAGUACUCACCAUAAUGAGCAGUUAUUGUGCUUGUCACUGUCACUUAACAGGCAAUUUCUAUUUUCACCCAAAUGCUGUUGAACUUGUAGAGACAACAUAUUGUUAUUGUAUAACUAGAACAAAACUUUAAACCUGCUCUUUUCUUAGUGAAACAACUUUUUCUGCAGUCAAACAACUUCAGCAAAGGAAACUAGUACCUGUUUCACUUGGUUUGUGUGUCUCUUGACUUAUUUCACUUCCAGUCUCAAUGCACAAAUAUAGGCUUUACCUGGCAGUGGUUUGUACAGACAGAAUAUCCCAUGUUUGCUUUUUCUCAGUUAUUUCAGGUGCACAUUUUCAACAUAGUCCACACACACUCUUGUAAUGCCUAAUAGUGUCAUAGCACACACAUAAUAGGAGUUCUCUGCAUGUUUGUAUUGCAGGCUACUAAAAUGGAACUGUUUCCUUUUCACCUGAGGUCCUGAGACAACAGGUGCCAACCACCCCCACAUUUCAAGGGGACGUUCAUGCUUAUUAGUGGCCUUUUCAGGGCCACUUGGAAGUAUCACCUUUGCAGGAUUGAGUGGACUGGUAUGCCCAACUCACAGCUGAAAAAUCUCAAUGUCAAGUGACUGGCAGGCUCUCUGCUCUGAUGGAGAGGAAGUAGGGGCUAUUGCUCUUUUGGGCUGACCCCUGUCUACAGAAAUGGUCAGGGCAAAAAAUACACAAGUGCUCCCAUGGACCAGAGAGAGCUGGCUUGGGUUGUCUCAAUCUUGUCUGCAAGGUGACUUCAGCAGGACAAAAUCCUUUACAUUUCCUUAAAUAUUUGAGAAUCAGCUUGUCAGUUUCCACACCAAAAAGUGCUAGAGUUUGAGUAGAUUUUCACUGAGUAUAUAGACCCACUUUGGGUCCGUGUGUUAUUUUUACAACAUUGAAUCUUCAGUCCAUUAACAUGGUAUAUCCUCCUGUUCCUUUAGGUCUGCUGCAAGAAAACUGUUUCUUGGUUUUCAGGAGAGUGUUCUUGCACAUCUUUCAUUAGAUUUAUUCUAGGUGUUUUAUAUUUGUUACUAGUAUAUAAGAUUCUAUUGAUCUUUGUUCAUUUAUAUCUAUGAGUGUCCUUGCUAAAGUCACUUAAAUUGUAAUAGUUUAUCUUUAGAUUCUUUGUAUUUUCUUUACAGUCAUGAUCUCUGUGAAUGACAGUUUUAUUUCUUCCUCCAAUCUGUAUGCCUUCUUUGUCUCAUGCCAAAUUGCAGUGGUUGGGUAAUUGGGCAAGAAAAACGAAAUACAUCAGAUUGUAAAGGAAGAAGUAACAUUAUAUUUGCAGAUGACAUGGUCUUGUAUAUAGAAAAUCCGAAGGAAUCCACAAAAAACUAUUACAGCUAAAAAACAAGUUCAGCAAGGAAGCAAGAUUGAUAUACAAAUUGCACUGGCUAGGGCCUUUAGCAGAAUGCUGGCUACAAAGAGUGAUGGUGAAUAUCCAUUUCUCAUUCUCAUCUUAGGGGAGAAGUUUUCACUAUUGACUAUUUAGUUUGAUGCUUGCUAUAGGACUUUCAAUGUACUCAUGAUCAUGUAGUCUCAAUUUGUUAAAAGUUUUUUUUAAUCACAGUGUUAAAUUUUAUCUAAUACUUCUCUGCAUCUUUCGAGAUAAUCAGACUUUUAUCCUUUAUUCUUCUAAUGUGAUUAAUUAUAUUGAUUGACUUUUGAAUGUCAAAGAAAACCUACAUUCUUGUAAUAGAAACCAGUGGUGUUUGUCUAUGUGUGUAUGUAUAUAUAUAUAAUACUUGGACUUGUUUAUUUAAAA